CGCGAUUCUGACACGUUGUGCUGGGACCGGAACCGAAAACGGAACAACGAGCCAAGGAGCUUUCGAACACGUGGAAAAUGUGGCACUGGUUUGGUUUGAUAUUUCUUUUAUCACCCGCGUGGCUGCCAACGAACAUCGAAGCAGCCACGUUCACGAUCACAUCGCAGGUGUACCUCGACGUGUCCAUCGACGGUGAGAAAGCGGGACGUGUCCUGAUUGGCAUGUUCGGUGAGGAAGCUCCCAAAACGGUGGCCAACUUCCGGCGCCUGUGCAUGGACGGUGUGGAUGGGUUCAGCUACAAGGGCAGCCGGUUCCAUCGAGUCAUCCAGAAGUUUAUGGUGCAAGGAGGUGAUGUGGUUUCCGGUGACGGUCACGGAGCGAUCAGCAUGUACGGGAAGUACUUUGAUGAUGAAAAUCUUAACAUCAACCACACCUGCUCGGGUUUCAUAGCGAUGGCGAAUCGGGGUCCCAACACCAACGGAUGCCAGUUUUACAUCACGACCAUGCCGGCUCCCUGGUUGGAUGGUAAGCACACCAUCUUCGGGAAGGUCCUGGAUGGUCACGGUGUUGUCCACAAAGUCGAACAGGUCCGUACGGACACGGACGACUAUCCGGUGAAGCCCGUCAUCAUUGAUGAUUGCGGUGAUGUGCCGAUCAGCGAGUCGUUUACUGUUUCCGAUGAUCCUUACGACUUGUGGGCUUGGAUUAAGGCGGCGUACUUGCCCCUCGGGAUGUCCUUUUCGAUACUUGCCUUCUUUCAGUACAUCAUCCGCAAGUUGGACGGUUACACGAGUCGCGAAGCAUUACUGAACGAGGAGAUUGCAAAGAACGAGUGAAACUGUAGCGAUCACACUGAUGGCUUAUCUUUUUUAU